AUGGGCAAGAAGAACAAGUCCAAGGCGCCCAAGGGCAGAGCUGCGGCGAAACAGAAGGCGAAGAAGAACAGUCCUGGAGGCGGCGCAUCCUACUCGUCUCCCAUGACCAGAAUAUCAAAGCAGGCCUGGUUCGACGAUGAUGAUGACGACCUCGCUCCUUCCUUUAGAGGCUUCGCCCAGACAAACACCUCGACGCCGCGAAAAGAUUUCAACUCCCGCACGCCCACUGUCAACCUACGCCACCAGUCAAUCGCCUUUGUCAGCGGCGGUACGAACACCCCUAAGGAGUUCCAACCCAAGCCCGAGGCAGCAGAGGCAGCAGACGAGAGCGAGGAGGAAGAAGACGAGGACGAGGAUGAUGAAGGAUUAGAAGACAGCAAAAUUGAGACCAACAUUCUUAUGUACACUGACGAAGAGAUCUCGGAGGGAGCCAUGGCCAACAUGAACAUCAAUAGCUCUGCUGAGGCCACUGGACCAGAGACAGGGAACACCAACCCUGGUGAUGUCGACAUUGUUAUGGACUCCAGUACGGCAAAGCAGGAAGAGUCUGCAGCCACCGAUCCGCCGCUUUUCUUUGUAGACACUGAAGGAGACGCCAGUCUUGCAGCGGGGUGGAAGUCGCGAGGGAAGCUACCACGUCGACGCAGUCCAUCGCCUACUCCUUCAGACUCAAGCGAAGAAGUCGUCCUCUUUCAUGGUCGCCAGCAGCCGGCAAAGACGAACCGGCCAGCACCAUCAGUUGCGUCAAGCAAUCAGCGCAGCAUCCCAGUGCAGUCAUCUACGCCCCAAUCGAAAUUCAACGUCAAUGCGCAUUCACCUGUGCCUCCUUCGAGCAAAGCAACGCCUUCCAAUAGGAUUCCAGAGCCAGGCCACCCUCAAACGCCUCAUGUCACAGAUGAUCUCCUAAGAGCUCUGGAACGCCCAUCGUCGUCACCGUCGCCACAGCCAUCGAACCCAGCCUCCACAAAGGCCAUGGGAUGGGCUACCCAGAUGUCGAAGCAAGAUCAAGAGGUCAAUAUGAACGCGACCUGGGCACCUGCGCCAGCUGGCAGUUGGUGGAAGAAGCCAAAGAAGCGACCAGACCUGGACCCAUCACCUGAAGAGCUGUCCGCCGCUGAGGGAACACCGCGAAGCGCUCCCAAAGUUGCCCUUGCUGAACCAAAAGCCGAGGACACGAUUGCGUCUCUGCAAGCCGAGUGGAAGGCUGUUCAGCGGGAGAAGCAGCAGGCCAAGCAGAGUCGUGAAGCGGACGAGAUCAAGCUCGAUUCCCGAGCACCCAAGCCUAAGAGGCGCGGAAAGCGAGGCAGGAAGAAGGACAACCGCUCUAUGCGCCAGUCUUUCGAUGAAGACGAGGACGAAGAUGAAGAUGGUGAAUCUGCGUACGAUGACUACAUGGCGAACCUUGCGGCCCAGCUUGACGGUGAAGGCGGUGAAAGCAAUGGCAGUACCACGAAGCCCACCGUGUUUGGCGAGUCUUCACUCUUCGUCGACGGCGAGGAGAUCGCGGACGACCAGGUGCUGAAGAGUCACUACAAAGUCAUGGGAGACGACGAUGACGACAGCGAUUCGUCAUCAGGAUACUCUGGUCUGAUUGGCCAGGAUCUGAGUGAGCUCUCGUCUUCUGGACUCGAGGACGAGCUUGAAUACACUGAACGUGAGCAGUGGGAAGACGAAGAAGACCUCCGCCAACGUCGACGCGACAACAUGACGGACGAGCAAAUCGCGCGCAUGUUCGCCAAGCAGCAGGAGUUCGGCUAUCACGGUGAUGAGCUGAUGAUUGAGGAUGGCGAUUUUGAAGACGAAGUUGACGGCGUUGGUGAUGUCGAAAGCGCACGUGCCGGGCUGGCAGACAUGACCAACUUCGGCCCCGCUCGUUCGAAGCACGGCAUGCGAACACGCAGUGGACUCGGCGGCAGACAGGACACGUUCCCAGAUGCUUCGAUGCUGGCAGACACGGUCGAGCAGUACGGCGAGAAUGGCUUCGACAUCAUGGACCUCGACCGGCCUUCACUCCGGCCAACCAAGAAGGGCAGAAAGGGUCGCCUUCCGCCGGAAGUCGAGGCGCUCUCGGAUGAUGAGCUUCGCGAAACACUCCGUGACACGUGGUCGAAUGAUCGCUACAAGAAGAGCGAGAAGAAAGCCGAGCGAGAAGAACAACGCAUGCAAGGCCUGCUCUCCGGCACCGGCAAGAAGGGUAAGGCGGAUCUGAGCGUGAAGUACGCCUACGGCAUCUCGAUGGAGCAGGUCCACAGCGAGCUCCGCGUCUUCCUGCUCGACGACGGCCAGCAGUCCCGUCCGUUCCCGCCGAUGGACAAGCAAGAUCGCAAGACUCUGCACGAGGUCGCCGACAAGCUCAAGUUGAAGUCACGGUCCGUUGGCGCGGGCAAGAAUCGCUACCUGACGGUCUACAAGACCGCUCGCACCGCGAAUGUGCCCGACGUCAUCGAUCGCAUGCUCGCGAUGUCUUCGCAGGGCGCAUUCUCACGCGAUACGCGGCUGCUGGGUAAGAAGUCGGUUAAGAAGGCCGCGAAGCUGGCUGGCAAGGGACCUGGACGCGGUGGAGGCGGUGCGCCGGCGACUGUGAGGAACGGGGAGAUUGUUGGAGCGAAUGCGGCGGAGUUAGGGGAGGGGAGCAUGGGGCACAAGUUGAUGGAGAAGAUGGGGUGGAGCAAGGGUAUGGCGCUGGGCAAGGAGGGUGAGGGGCGGUUGUUGCCGGUCGAGCAGGUUGUCAGGAUCGGCACUGCAGGUCUGGGCGGAAGUGGUGGUCCGAGUCGCUAG